AUGGCGUCUUCAUCAAGACCUCUAAAUGCACUGGAAAUUACUCUGCACCGUAUGAUACUAGCAUGUCGCAAUGAAACGGCAAAUGCAAGUGACCUCGAAAACAUUGCAGCAAAUAAGUCGGAAAAGGAGAGCGCUAUCAACUUUUUGAUUUCAGUCGGCAUGAUCAAAUUGCUCAAGGAGGACAAGACCGGAAAACUCUUGUACAAGGGAGUACAGGUCAAGGAAGCCAAGAGUAAAUCGUCAAUGGACAAGGACACUCAGGCGGUUCUUGCGCUGAUAGAAGAGGCAAAGAAUGAAGGCGUCUGGACAAAAACGCUUGAGCGACGGACGGAUUUGCCCCAAAAGGUUGUUACACGCAGUCUCAAGCAGCUAGAAAAGCAAGGCCUCAUCAAACCCAUUAAAUCCGUCAAGUAUCCUACACGAAAGAUGUAUAUGCUUUUCCAUCUCACUCCGUCGUCCGAAGUGACAGGAGGUGUAUGGUACCACGAGCAAGAGUUUGACCAAGAGUUUGUCAACAUUAUGCUCGAGCAAAUCUAUGGCUUCAUCGCUUCCAAGUCUCUUCCUAAACCAACACCUCGAUGCGCUCGUCCUCUCUAUCCACGUUCGGAGGCACAUCGAUACCCUAGUUUGACGCGCAUCGCCGAUUGGAUUCGCAAAAACCCCAUCAGCGACGUCAAGCUCAAACCCGAGGACGUCGAGCCGCUCCUUCGUGUACUCGAAUUCGAUGGCCUGAUUGAGAAACUACCAGCUGGCAUCGGAAUGGCACAAAUGUCGAGCGACGAGGAUGACGACGAAGACGACCGUGCGCGUUCAAGCAAAAAGGCAAGCAAAGUCGGCUCAAAGAGAAAAAGGUCAGAAAGUAGCGAUGAAGAGACUGGGAAUAAGAAGCGGAAACGGAGUGCCCCUGCUAGUGACGAUGAAGACCUUGGACGACAAACCGACAGCGACAGCGACGAUGAGCGGAACAGGAGCAAGAAGAAGCAGAAGAAGAAGAAACGCGAGGCCUACAAUUCCGACGACGAGGAUGAUAUGGGGAUUCGAAGACUUGCAGAGGUGCAUAUUAGCGACGCCUACGUCUAUCGCGCCAUUCGACCGCUGGAGCACAGUAAAUCCGAAGAGAUUGAGACCUCGUAUGCACUCGGAAAUGGAGGUGACUCGUGGGUGUCUUCUGGCCCGCUGUUUGGUGGAGCGUGGUUGGGUGGCGGAGGUGGACAUUUGCCGUGGGCGGAUAGUCCGUGCACGGGCUGUCCGCAAGUCGACUUUUGCAGCGAGACGGGGCCUGUCAAUGCGUCGGAGUGUGUAUAUUACACCGCUUGGCUGGACCCCGAGCGCGCCGUGCACAAGAUGCGACCCAAACUCGAGGGAGAAGAUAGUCAUGCUUCCAUGGCGAUAGAAUUGGAGGUAUAG